GCGACAUCACCAUCACCUUCAACGUCAGCUGAAAUUAUAUCGACUGAACCAGUCAUAACUGUAACCACAUCUGAAACCACGUCAUCCUCGACAGCUAAAUCAUCACAACCCUCAACAUCAGAAGAAGCUACAUCAACGAAAUCAUCUACACCUGUAACCACAUAUGAAACCACGUCGUCCUCAACAGCGACAUCAUCAUCACCUUCAACAUCAGCUGAAAGUAUAUCUACUGAACCAUCGACAACUGUAACCACAUCUGAAACCACGUCAUCAUCGACAGCUACAUCAUCACCACCUUCAACAUCAGAAGAAAGUACAUCACCAGAACCAUCUACAACUGUAACCACAUAUGAAACCAUGUCAUCCUCAACAGCUAGUGUCAGUUGCACCCUCAGCUGUACAAAUGGAAAAUGUUUCAUAGAUCCAUCCUCCAGUCAACCGACAUGUCAGUGUCAUACAGGAUACAUCUCAGCUGAAUCAGAAUCGAUAUGCAGAGAUGUCAAUGAAUGUAAUUUGCCAUCAAACAAUUGCAACCAAACUUGUCAAAAUACUCUUGGUGGGUACAAAUGUUCAUGUCAGUCUGGUUACCUGUUGGAUCAAGGAGACAAAGCCAGUUGCCAUGAUAUCAAUGAAUGUGAUUCAGAGUUCAACAACUGUAAUCAAACUUGUCAGAACACUCCUGGCAGUUACAAAUGUUCAUGUCAUUCUGGUUAUGUUUUGGAUCAAAGAGACAAAGCAAGUUGCCAUGAUGUCGAUGAGUGCUUAUCAAGUCCAUGCAACAGGAAAGGUUCCUGCAUCAACACACAGGGUUCCUUUUAUUGCAACUGUGUUGCUGGCUGGACUGGAAAAUUCUGUUCUGAAGAUGUAAAUGAAUGUCUCUUGAAUCCCUGUAUGAAUGGAACAUGUUUGAAUACACGAGGAAGUUACCGAUGCCAAUGUUUCAGCGGCUUUACAGGACGACACUGUGAAACGAAUAUUAAUGAAUGCUCCAGCCAACCAUGCAGGAAUGGAGCCAUGUGCAUAGAUUCCAUUCAUGCCUUUGUCUGUAGCUGUGCACCUGGAUAUACUGGUCGACUCUGCCAAAACAUAAUUAAUAACUGCGCGAGCAAUCCGUGCGAACAUGAUGGGUUCUGCCAGAAUCGGAUAAAUGACUUCAGGUGCAUAUGUCGUGACAACUGGGAAGGAAAAGACUGCAGUACAGAUGUGGAUGAAUGUGCCCGUGAUCAGCAUGAUUGUGACCACAAUGCUGGAGUGUGUAAUAAUACACUGGGAUCCUAUACAUGUUCAUGUAAAAAGGGGUAUGAAGGCGAUGGUUUCACUUGCAAAGAAAAACGGCUCUUUGACUUUGGAUCAAACGUUGGGGAUACAAAACUUUAUGGAACAACACGUGAUUUUAACUCUCCAAUCAUCAGCAUCCCAUCUGGUUUUCCUUUUGAUGACGCGUUUUACUACAGGUUAUAUUUUUCAGAUAAUGGACUGAUUAUAUUUCAACGAAACAUUGAGUAUCUGCAGUAUACAUACGCAAGUCCAUUCUGGGCAUUCAGCAGCUACUUUUAUGGAACACCGCCAAUGAUUGCUGUUUUCUGGGAUGAUGCGGAUUUGACAAGAGGAACAGGAUCCAUUUACUACCAAGUGUUUGAUUUCCAAGUCAGGACUGAUUCUUACAGUGAGAGUUUCCAGAAUGACAUUAAAAUACAAGUGAAUUCUUACUAUGGGUCAGAACUUGGGAGUGUAACCUUUGUGCCGAAGUGGGCACUCAAGAUCACCUGGGAAGAUGUCCUUCCGUAUUCUGGGUACAUAUACUCGGAUCCUGAAGGUACCAAUACUUACCAGGCAGUCCUGACAACUGAUGGCAUCUUUUCCUUCUGUUUAAUUCAAUUCAAAGAUGGUGGAAUGAACUGGAAAUACUACUUAAGACCUUUCUACAGAAACUAUGCCCUCAUGGGGUAUUACAGUGGAUCUACGAGUUCCAGCCGUGAUUCAAAUAAUUUUCCAGCCUUUAACGACCCCCACACCCGAUUCUUUGUGUCACCUAAUAAAAUCUACCAUCCAGAUCAAUACCCAGGCUUUAAAACAGGCAAAAAGGGACUGUGGGCUUACCGCUUGGAAAGAAAUGACCAAAACACAAAAAACCCAAGACAGAAGUGCAUUGAUUGGUAUAUACGUGAGCCUGUACCGUACUGGAGUUUCUACACUUCCCCUUGUCCCUGCUCAUUUUGGCAGGCAAUAUUUGAUCGUGCCUUUACAUGGGGAGGUGAAAUAUAUUACUAUGGAUUCGAUAUUAAAGAAACUCAAGCGUUCUAUAUCACAAUGCAAAGCAGGUUCCCUAAUUGGCUAGGCUCUGGAGUGAGAUGUUAUUAUGCGGGAAACGGUGGUCUGAUCUACGGAGAGAAAGAAAGGUUUCUCCCAACACCAUGGACUUACUACAACUGGUUGAUUUGGUGGUGGAGAGGAUACCUAUUUUAUAGACAGCAGUGGAACUAUUUUUGGAAUACUCUGUUACCAAACCUGCAAGAACAAUACAGAGAAAUGGAAGUGGACCCUUACCAUGACUGCUGCAGAGACUCUGGUGAUCCCUUUUUCUGCAAUCUUUACCGAUCAAGGAGACCCUUCGAUUUCUGCUUUGGAUACAUUCCUCCAAGGAUAGGUUUCUUCUUUGGAGAUCCUCACAUUGUGAACUUGGAUAGUGUAAAAUACACCUUCAAUGGCCUGGGAGAAUUCAUCCUAUUAAGUGCGAAAGAUGAAAAUGACACAUCAUUGUUCAGACUUCAAGGACGAACCCUCAGAGCUGGAGAAAAUAGAACAUCACAGGCAACUAGCUUUGUAGCAUUGGCAGCACAAAGAAGGAAUGGAACAAAGGUUCAGUGGAACAUCAAUAAUGACGAUGAAAUAAUUCUCACGGUUGAUGGAAAUAUUGUAACUGUUGCAGAAAAUUCUACCUUUAUAAAUGAAGUGACCGUACAAAAAACAACUGACAAUGAAAUUGUGGCUGCCUUUGAAGGUGGAACCUCCAUUACUGUUUCAGGAACAAAGGGGGCUUUAGCUUUCACGACUUCACUAGAUAAUUCUUUAAAAAAUAAAACGGAAGGUCUCUUGGGUGUCUGGAAUGACGAUAAAACAGAUGAUUUUAAAGCUGCUAAUGGAACAUACCUCAACUUUGAUGGAACAAAUUUGCCCACAGACGCUCAAAUAUUUUUUGAUUUUGGCUUGACAUGGAAAACAAUGGUAAACAACAGCAUAUUCACAUACAACACGACUGCUGGAGAGUCUUGGUACACAUAUAACAACAACAGUUUUGUACCUUUGUUUUAUGAUGAGCUUUUGCAAACUACAGAAAAAGAGAAAAUUGACAAAGCUAAUGAAACUUGUAAAGGAGACGAUGACUGCAUUUUUGACGUUUUAAGUACAGAUGAUUUAUCGUUUGGAGCUGUUACAUUACAAAGUGUGACAACAUUUGCAGCACAGAACAGCACAAUGAAUAAUUUCCCACCUAACAUCACUGGAGAUUCAACCAUUCAAACUCGUCUUGAUGAGCCAGUGUUUGUUCUUUUUACUGCAACUGAUAGCAAUGAUGAUGAGGUGACGUUUUCAGUGGUGACUGAUUCUCCAGAUAUCACAAUUACAGAAAAUGGAAACUUUUCUUGGAAUCCAACAAGCUCUGCUCCAGUGUUUGCCAUAAUACAAGCAAAUGAUUCUAAAGCUGUUUCUGUGUUAGGAUUGACACUUGUGUUGUGCAACUGCAGUAUCAAUUCAACUUGUGAUUAUUCCAGAUCAAUUUUGACCUUAGAAAAAAACAAUACUGUUUUUAAGAUCCCAGCAUGUAAUUGUACCGCUGCCUACACGGGUGAUUACUGCACUGAGGAUUUUGAUGCCUGUCAAGAUAAUCAAUGUUUCCUGAAUGACACUUGCAAAGACCAACCUGCACCAUUGGAGGGUUACACCUGUGAUCCCUGUCCAGAUAGUUUAAAAGGAGAUGGGAUUAAAUGCUAUGACGUAGAUGAGUGCCAGGAAAAUAUGCACACUUGUGAACAGAUCUGCACAAAUGUUUUUGGAGGAUUCAACUGUAGCUGCAACCAGGGUUACACAACAAAUACAUCAAACAGUUCCCUGUGUACUGACAUUGACGAAUGCAGCAAUAACUCUACAUGUCCCCAAAAUGCAGACUGUCACAAUGGAAUGGGCAAUUACUCAUGUGUAUGCAAGACUGGCUACGAAGGAGAUCCAUUCAGGUUCUGCAUUGAUGUGGAUGAAUGUCUUGAUAGUAAUCCAUGUGCAAGCAGUAAUUCCAUCUGUACAAACACUGAAGGCUCUUUUAACUGCACAUGUCUCGAAGGAUAUGAAGGAACCAACUGCACAGAUAUUGAUGAAUGUGCAGAAAAUCAGAACAAUUGUCCCUUGAAUUCUGUGUGCAGCAAUACAGCUGGCUCAUUCACAUGUCAAUGUAAAGACGGCUAUGAAAGUCCUAACUGCACUGAUAUUGAUGAAUGCACCAGAUUUCUAUUUGACUGUCCAAGUAAUGCUGGCUGUGAAAACAUACCGGGUUCAUUCACCUGUUCCUGUCUGCCUGGAUUCAAAGGAAAUGCGACAUUCUGCGAAGAUAUUGAUGAGUGUGCAGAGGAAAUAGCAUCGUGUCCUUUCAAUGAGACCUGUGAAAACACUAUUGGAAAUUAUACUUGUGUUUGCCCCGCUGGAUCUGAAAGAGUGAAUGGUUCUUGUCAAGAUAUCGAUGAAUGCCAAAACCCAGCACAAUGUUCGGACAGUGGGCAACGCUGUGUAAAUACUGAAUAUUCUUUUAAAUGUGAAUGCAAGAGUGGAUUUAUGAACAUUAAUGGAACAUGUGGAGAUAUAAAUGAAUGCCUUAUUGCAGAAGAAAACAACUGCUCUAAAACACUGGGGAUCUGCGCUAACUUGGAGGGUUCAUAUGCCUGUCAGUGCAAGGCAGGUUCUACUGGAGAUGGUAUUACUUGCGAUGAUACAGAUGAGUGUGCUGACAGCAAUAUCUGUUCGAUGAAAAACAAUACAAUGUGUGUCAACACUGUGGGAUCUUAUAACUGUACUUGUCAAAGCGGAUAUGAUGGCCACAACUGCACAGAUGUGGAUGAAUGUCUUAAUGAAGACAUAUGUUCAUGGAAAAGCAACAGCAUCUGUGUCAAUACUGAGGGCUCGUUCAUCUGUUCAUGUCAAAUGGGAUAUGAUGGAUUCAAUUGCACUGAUGUGGAUGAAUGUCUUGACCCUAAUGUGUGUUCCUGGAAAAACAAUACCAUGUGUGUCAAUACUAUUGGAUCAUACAACUGUCCAUGUCGAGCAGGAUAUGAAGGUCCUAACUGCACAGAUAGUACCUUGGCUACGCCGACAACUAAACCAUCUACCUCAGGACCAGCAGUUACAACAUCAACAAGAAGUGGUACAAGUACAAAACCAACUUUGAUGACUGCAACAACCUCAACUGUAAUUGCAUCCACCACAAUGACCACAGAAAAAACCAUGGGAACAAGUCCCAAUGAAACGGCAGUUCCUGCAGUUACAAACUCUACAACAGGUGUUCCUACAACCACAAUGAGCCCAACAACAACCACCACCGCAACUAAAACACCCAAAACUACUUCAACCGCAGAAAGAAGUACCAACAGAAUUGCAGUUACAAACUCCACAGUGAGCUCCCCUACAACCACAGAGAGCCCAACAACAACAACCUUAACCACCACAACUAAAACACCUGAAACCACUUCAACCACAGAAAGAAGUACCGCUGAAACGGCAGUUCCUGCAGUUACAAACUCCACAGUGAGCUCCACCACAACUAAAACACCUGAAACCACUUCAACCACAGAAAGAAGUACCGCUGAAACGGCAGUUCCUGCAGUUACAAACUCCACAGUGAGCUCCACCACAACUAAAACACCCGAAACCACUUCAACCACAGAAAGAAGUACAGCUGAAACGGCAGUUCCUGCAGUUACAAACUCCACAGUGAGCUCCACCACAACUAAAACACCUGAAACCACUUCAACCACAGAAAGAAGUACCGCUGAAACGGCAGUUCCUGCAGUUACAAACUCCACAGUGAGCUCCACCACAACUAAAACACCCGAAACCACUUCAACCACAGAAAGAAGUACAGCUGAAACGGCAGUUCCUGCAGUUACAAACUCCACAGUGAGCUCCACCACAACUAAAACACCUGAAACCACUUCAACCACAGAAAGAAGUACAGCUGAAACGGCAGUUCCUGCAGUUACAAACUCCACAGUGAGCUCCACCACAACUAAAACACCUGAAACCACUUCAACCACAGAAAGAAGUACAGCUGAAACGGCAGUUCCUGCAGUUACAAACUCCACAGUGAGCUCCACCACAACUAAAACACCUGAAACCACUUCAACCACAGAAAGAAGUACAGCUGAAACGGCAGUUCCUGCAGUUACAAACUCCACAACAGGUGUUCCUACAACCACAAUGAGCCCAACAACUACCUUAACUACCACAACUAAAACACCCAAAACCAUAUCAUCCACACUUUCCACAACUCCAACAGCCACAUCAAGUCCCUCAAAAACAUCAAGCACUACAACUACCACAACGCUGACAAGCACCAUCUCUACCACUACAACUGUAAAAUCAACACUGCAAACCACUCAAGCCAAUAUUACAUCAGCCAUUCUUUUUGAAUAUGGGCAGGAUGCUGGUGAUCAGUCGCUACCAAAAUCAGCAUCUGAUGUCAUCUCUCCCAUUUUCAAGCCAGAGAUUGACUUCACUUUUGGAAAUGCUCGUUACCCUUUAAUUUAUUUCACAGACAAUGGUUUGAUCGUUCUUCCAGCAUCAGAGACAGAGAUUUUCACUUACACCAAUCCAUUUAACAAAUUUACUGCAAGUUCUGUCCCACCAAUGAUUGCCGUGUUCUGGAGUGAUGCAGACAUCUCAGGCAGCAUUGGAAAUGUUUUCUAUCAGGAAUACAAAACAUAUGGUUCCGAACUUUUUAACUUGACACAGAAUGUAGAAAGAAUGAUAUCUGACCAAUUCAAAUCUAAAUAUAAAGCCAAAUGGACCUUAAAGAUAACCUGGGAUAAAGUACCUGCAGCUACGUUACUUGAAACAAAAUCCAAGACAAACACCUACCAAGCAAUUAUAACUACAGAUGGCAGCAUUUCAUUUGUUUUAAUGUUGUAUGAGUCUGGUGGAAUGAACUGGGAUAUAUCAACACUUACAUCUAAAGACCUCCUUAUUGGCUUCAGCAGCGGCGAUGGAUUCUUUGUGAACGAUGAGCAAACAAAACUUCCUACAGUUGCUGAAAGAUUUCGACCUGAUAAAUAUAGUGGAAAAAAUACAGAUUUGAAAGGCCUACGACUGUACAGUCUGAUUCAGGGCACACCACAAGUUAAUUACAAAGCAAACUGUUUGAGCUGGUUUAGUACAGAGCCACAUCCAUCUCAGUGGAACCAAGGUUUACUUUCCUGUCCAUGCAGCUUUCCUCAAGGACAAGCAGACAUUCGAUUCCGAAACUCCAAUCUAGGUGCUACAACCAAAGUUCUUCGUAGCGCCAGCCCAAAUGCAAAUGGUGCUGGUCAAAGAUGUAUUUACAGUAGGAGGAAUGCAUUUCUUGAAGGUUGGCAGGAACGUUACUGGACAUCUACACCUUCAGACUCAAAUCAGAACAAAAAAUUUGACCUAGAUCCAUACAACUGGUGCUGUGUAAAGGUUGACAACCCAUUGUUCUGUGACUAUUAUAGAAUCAGAAGGCCAAGUAUUGCCUGUUUAAACUACAGGCCACCAACCCGAGCCAUGAUGCUUGGUGAUCCCCAUUUCACAACUCUUGAUGGACUUUCCUACACUUUUAAUGGUCUUGGAGAUUUUGUGCUGCUUAAUGUUGAAUCCAAUGAUGACACCAUUUUUAAGCUCCAUGGUCGUACAGUCCAAACGGGCACAGCUCAAGCUACAAACUUCAUGGCUUUUGCAGUUCAGCACAUACAAGACAAAAUUAUCACAGUUCAGAUGAUUUUGAAAGGAAAUGAUUCAAUUGAAGUGCUAGUAAAUAAUGACAUGGUGCAGUUCGUGCCUGAUACUGCAGAUAACCAAGAAAUAUUUCGAAAUGGUACCUUUUUUCUGGAGAAAAAUGGAAAUGCAUCAGUAACGGCCUCAUUUGGCAGUGGAAUCUCAUUAACAGUGACAGCACAAUUUGAGAUGUUACUUGCAAUCACCAAUUUGCCAGAAAAGUUUAUGAACAUGACAAGAGGCCUUCUUGGUGUAUGGAAUGACAAUCCAAAUGAUGAUUUUACAAUGCCAAAUGGAUCUGUUAUUCCAAAAACUAGCAAAGAAUCUACAAUCUUCAAUUAUGGAAUGACUUGGGAAGUGCCCUGGGAGAAUUCCAUUUUCACAAUUGGAAGAAGUGUUCCAAACAAUUCAUUUACACCUCGCUUUCUGGAAGAUCUCCAGCAACAGAAUGAGACCUUGUACAAUUUGUUGGCCACUGAGUGUAAAAAUAACUCUCAGUGCAUCUUUGAUGCAAUAAGUACAGGAAAGAAAGAGAUCGGAUUGGCAACAGCAAAAGAAAACAUGGAAUUUACAGAAGUCAAUGCAAUGCUGAAUUCAUAUCCACCAAUGAUUACAGGACCAGAAGUUAUUUAUGCACAACUGUUUCAGCAAAAUAUUUCUUACUAUCAAGCAACAGACCAAGAGGGAAAUAAUGCUGUAUUCAUGCCUUACAUAUCCCAGGAAUUGAAUGUAACAGAAAAUGGAACUUUGAUCUGGCAUCCAAAGACCACAAGUGGAAUAUCAUUUGAAAUUGAAGCAGUUGGGUCCAAUAAUCUGUCCUCAGUUCUUAGGCCCCAGUUGGUAUUAUGCAGCUGCAGUGCGAAUGGAGAAUGCAUGAACAAUGAAAUUACUCAAAUCAAUGGCUCCUCUGUUUAUAAAGCUGCUUGUAACUGUACAGCUGGAUUUACUGGUACCAACUGUCAAGAUAAAAUCGAGACAUGUCAGAUGGUCAGCUGUUUCCCAGGAGUAGACUGUUCCUCUUCUGGUUGUGGCUCCUGUCCCAGAGGAUUGGCAGGAAAUGGCAUACUUUGCAUUGAUAUAGAUGAGUGUAACAGCAGUAACUCCUGUUCUCCAAAUGCAACGUGCACGAAUAUUGUGCAGAGUUAUGACUGCACCUGCAACUCCGGAUUUUCAGGCAAUGGGACAUCCUGUAGUGUCAUUAAUCCGUGUGACAGUUCACCAUGUUCACCCAACGCUGACUGCACUAACACAGCAGGGAAUUUCAGCUGCACAUGUAAACAAGGAUUCACAGGCAACGGGACAUCCUGUAGUGUCAUUAAUCCAUGUGACAGUUCACAGUGUUCACCCAACGCUGACUGCACUAACACAGCAGGGAAUUUCAGCUGCACAUGUAAAGAAGGAUUCACAGGCAAUGGGACAUCUUGUAGUGUCAUUAAUCCAUGUGACAGUUCACCCUGUUCACCCAAUGCUGACUGCAAUGACACAGCAGGAAAUUUCAGCUGCACAUGUAAAGAAGGAUUCACAGGCAAUGGGACAUCCUGUAGUGUCAUUAAUCCAUGUGACAGUUCACCGUGUUCACCCAACGCUGACUGCACUAACACAGCAGGGAAUUUCAGCUGCACAUGUAAAGAAGGAUUCACAGGCAAUGGGACAUCCUGUAGUGUCAUUAAUCCAUGUGACAGUUCACCGUGUUCACCCAACGCUAACUGCACUAACAGAGCAGGGAAUUUCAGCUGCACAUGUAAAGAAGGAUUUACAGGCGAUGGGACAUUCUGUAGUGUCAUUAAUCCGUGUGACAGUUCACCGUGUUCACCCAACGCUGACUGCACCAACACAGCAGGGAAUUUCAGCUGCACAUGUCAAGAAGGAUUUACAGGAAAUGGUACAAUCUGCCUUGCAGUGCCAUGUUUCAAUUUCACUUGUCCUUCUUCAUUCUGCAACAACGGAGGAACCUGUGUACCAAACCUUGCUGAUGGCUGCAAACCAUUGUGCCAAUGUCCAAGUCAGUACAAAGGAGAGCGGUGCACAAGCCCAGAACAGCAGUUCAUUGCACAACCUCUGCCAACUCUUCCAAAGAGAUCCGUUAAUAUUACAUUGAGGCUACCGAAUGUUAAUGUGACUGUCUUAAAAAACAGAAGCAGCACAGACUACAGGACUCUGAGUACUGUCACUGCAAGUAGGCUCCUGGAUUUUCUCGGAAAAGUGCGGUAUUUUGCUGAGAACUUGGAACCUGUUUUCUGGUCACAGGGCAACACAGUAACCACUGCUGUUGUGUCAUCAUUCAAUUACAAUGGAAACAGGACUGUAAUUGAUUUCCUAAAUAACGAGCUAAGUGUUGCAAUUUUGGAAGCUUUUAAUGGCAAACAACGGUUUAUUCGUGCUCUACAUCCUGAUAAUGUCACUUUUGGGAAUUUAAAUGCGGCAGACAUUCGAGAUAUAACUAAAUUAUCAAUUGAACAGCUACUGCCACAUUUCAGCUGCAACAACACUGAAUUUGCCGGUUAUGAGGUUCUGUGGGAUGAUCAAAAUGGAGUGAUUUGCCAGUCCCCCUGUGAAAUGAAUUACUGCCUCAAUCAGGGAGAGUGCAAACAUCUGAUAACUGGACCAGUGUGCAAAUGUGUUCCACGCACUGUAUAUUCAAGUUACGGUGAUCGCUGUGAACAUCUAUCAAUGAAUCUCAGAGCAUUUUUUGGCAUUCUAUUUGGUGCCUUAGCUUUCCUGUUCUUACUGAUGUUAGCCAUAUUUUUUAUCAUCUGGAAGUGCAAAAAGCCUGGACGGGAACAACUCAUAAAUGACACAACCAGCUUUGGAGAUACAACAUUCUCAUUCAAAAGUAAUCCAUUCUCUUCCAAGUUGAAAACUACCCACAUCCUACCUUCUUUGGGUGAUAAGGAUUUGCAACCUGUGGCCUGGGCUCCAAACUUUGAUGCUGUCAAUUCAACUGCAAAGGUAAAAAUUGCAAGACCAUCAGUCAAGAAAAAUGGCACUGACACAAAAAUACCAUAAAACCAUCAACACGGCACUGAGGAACUUAACAAAGAUUAUGGAAAAUGAAACACUUCCAUAAAAGAGUUAUUGCACAAUGAAUGCACUAUAAGGACAUGGGUUUAUUAGAAAUGCAUACUUGAGUAUGUUUUCAGGUACCUUUACUACAAAUCAACAUUGUCUCCCAAAAGAAACUGUCAGUAAAUUCUAUAAAAGCUCAUAUGAAUUAAAGGGCGUAUUUUAUUCCUGGUGUCUGAAUAAACUCUAUUGUUUACAGUUAAUUCUCUUUCAUUAUUUUUUAAGAGUUAUCAGUACGUGCCUGCUGUUGAGAAUAUUAUCUAAUAAUAUAUAAUUCCUCACUUUCACUUCAAAAUUGAAAUUUUUCAAAUCAUGAUUGCAAUAAUCUUUAAAAUAUCCCAUUUGUAUCAUGUCAGAGCAUUAUUUUUAUGAUGUUUAUAUUCCUUUUUUGAUAAGAAAAUUGUUUAUCAAAUUGCACAUGUUACUAUAUUAGAAUGUGAUUUUUGUGGCAAAAUACUGUCUAAAUAUAGAAGGCCCCUGGUGAAGGGUAAUAGAAUUUACUUCUGUUGAAUAGAGCUAGAAGAGUCAUGUGUGUAUUAUAAUCCAAAACAAAUUAUUUAAAUAAUCUAUACAAAAAUAUAUGUAAUAAUUUCAGAGAUUUAAAUAA